AUGUCGACGUCGACCGCUCAGCCCGCCGACCCCAUUGCCAAGGGCGUCCUGGCCACGGCGAAGCAGUCCUUGAAGGACCUCUUCAUCUGGAAGCAGCGUACUGUCGUUGUAAGCCCGACGGGCGAGACGCACACAGAAUGGCAGGACCCCGACCCCAUCAAGAACCCCAUCAGCUUGAUGGCCCAGCUAAGUCCUCGCGACUGGCUUUUCUUCAUCUGCGGUUUCUGCGCCUGGACAGCGGAUGCCUUUGACUUCCACGCCCUCUCCAUUCAGACCACCAAGCUGGCCAAGUACUACGACCGAUCAAAGACCGACAUCUCCACAGCCAUCACCCUGACCCUCCUACUCCGUUCCAUCGGCGCUGCCUUCUUCGGUCUGGCCGGUGACAAGUAUGGUCGUAAGUGGCCCAUGGUUCUCAACAUGAUCAUCCUCGGUCUCCUUCAGAUCGCCACCAUCUACAGUAGCACCUUCCAGCAGUUCUUGGCUGUGCGCAGCUUGUUCGGUCUCUUCAUGGGAGGUGUCUACGGAAACGCCAUCGCCAUGGCCCUUGAGCACUGCCCCUCCAACGCUCGUGGCCUCAUGUCUGGUAUCCUCCAACAGGGAUACUCCUUCGGCUACGUCCUCGCUGCUUGCGCCAACCUUGGCGUCGGUGGUGGUACCGAUACCUGGAAGACGGUCUUCUGGAUUGCCGCCGGCAUCUCCAUCGCCGUCGGUCUCUUCCUCGAGGCCAAGGCCCACGGCAAGAAGACUGCUUCGCCUGGCGCCUUCUGGAGAGAGACCAAGAAGAUGCUUGCCCAGGAGUGGAAGAUGUGUGUCUACUGCAUCAUCCUCAUGACCUGGUUCAACUACUACUCCCACACCUCGCAAGAUUCGUACACAACCUUCAUGAUCGCCCAGAAGGAGAUGGACAAUGCCGGUGCGUCCCGCGCCUCUAUCCUGAUGAAGGCCGGCGCCUGCGUUGGCGGCACCAUCAUUGGGUACCUAUCCCAGUUCUUCGGCCGUCGCCGCGCCAUCAUCGCCUCGGCUCUCAUGUCCGCCUGCCUCAUCCCCGCCUGGAUCCUACCCCAGGGCGAGCGCGCCCUGAGCGCCAGCGGCUUCUUCAUGCAGUUCUUCGUCCAGGGUGCGUGGGGUGUCAUUCCUAUCCACCUGAACGAGCUGUCGCCCCCUGCCUUCCGCUCCUCGUUCCCCGGUAUCACCUACCAGCUGGGUAACAUGAUCUCCUCCCCGUCUGCCCAGAUUGUCAACGCCAUCGCCGAGAAGACGUUUGUCAGAGCCCCUUCGGGCCACAGCGUCGAGGCGUACGGCCCCGUCAUGGGUAUUGCGACGGCCAUCAUCGCCAUGGGCAUCGUCGUCACCACCAUGUUCGGACCCGAGCGCCGCGGCCGCAGCUUCGAGCACGCCGUCGCCGGUGUCCAGGGUGAGGUCGCCGAGACCAAGGAGAUUGACGACCACGACGAGGAGAAGGGCAGCAUCAGGGCUGCCACCGUCGAGGAUGUCACACGCAAGGAGUAG